AUGUGUGAUGCAGAAGGCACAACAUUACUCAUACCAGACACUCUGGAUGAAAUAGAGAACUUAAAGUUACUAAUGAGUAAUAUGAAGGCACACUAUACCGCUAUAUUCGUAGGGAUUCAUGAUAAAUUUUCCGCAGGAUACUACGUUACAGUGAGAGGAGAACCAAUCAGUGGAACUAUUUUAGAGCUCCUUUGGGCGGAGGGUAGACCAAAUAAUGUCAAUGAUACAGAACAUUGUGUCGUUAUGACAAGAGAGGGCUUGUUUGAUGAUAGACCUUGCUCCGAUAUUUAUCCAUUUGUUUGUAAAAUCUUUGGAAAUGAAACUAAAUAUAAUGAGGCAUGUGAUAAUUUUGACGCAGGCUACGUAGCUCAUCAAGCCAUAAGUAGUAAAUGCUAUAAGUUUCACGCGGAGCCAUUGUCUUGGUAUGAUGCCUACUUGGCUUGUAAAUUGGAAGAAGGACGUUUAGCUAUUAUCAACUCAGCAAAAGAAGCGAAUAUAAUAGUCGGCUUCCUUGGAGAACAUUUGAAUAGUAAUGCUCCAGAUCAUAAUAUUUUAUAUCUCGGUUUUAGCGACCUUAUGUUUCCUUAUCAAUACAGAACCAUAGAAGGUCAAACCCUAGACGACGCCGGCUACGCGUCUUGGAGCCCCACCAAAGAAGAUAAUAAGGCAACUAAAGUGAAACGGUGCGGUGCUAUUUCUAGGACAGGCUUUCUUCAAAUGACAUUUUGUGAACGACCGGCUAUGUUCCUAUGUGAAAGAAUCUUGAACACUUCUACAAAACAGAAA